AAAGCCAAGACUGGAUGGUACUCCUCUAUACCAUCCUGCUCGCAUAGGCGUCCAUGCAGUACUCGUAUUGCUGCCGACGUGACUACGGGAAACCUAAUAUCGGUAUUCCCAGCGAGUGCCUGCGAAACUCUAGCUGACCAAACGAUCGGGCCACGUUGCUCCCUCCUGCCUGUAUUGAUACAGAGUCAACCUUCGCUGACGGUUCUAAUCGAGUGUGCAUGUCAAUCCAGGCACCUUUACCAACAUGGCUUUCCUCCCUAAAGAAGCGUUGACAUUGACAGGCGGCUGCUAUUGCAAAGCCAUCCGGUAUACCAUCAAAAUACCUGCGUGGGACCACCGCCAUGCAGUCCCUAAUGCGGUCGAGACACCCAUAUCAGCAACCGAAACCGUCGAAACACGUCUUCCGGUGGUCAUGAUCGAUCACUGCAACACCUGCCGUCAAGUAGCUGGUGCUAUACUCCAAUCCUGGUUGAUAUCUCCAGUAGGAUGGGUCGAAUGGGACGUCCUCUCCAAAGAGCCGGCAGAUGAGACCCUACAUCUGUCCACCAUAGACGCAAUUGGUCCUGUCCGCGACAAUGCGCCAUCAACAUAUGUGACACGCUUCAACGCCUCGGACAGGGCGACUCGGGCAUUCUGCUCCAGAUGCGGGACAACUCUGACAUACAUAUCACAUAAAAGGAUCGAUACCCCAUUGGCAGCUGUUGAUAUCACGGUUGGAAGUCUAGAUAACGAAAGCCUGAAAUUGACGAGGCCAGAACGCCAUGCUUGGUUCGAUUAUGGCGUGGACUGGGUGAAAUCUUUGUUGACGAAAGGUGAUGGAGGGUUUCUUGUCCGACAUGGGGAGGGGAACCUGUCGAUAAUGCCCUCAAAUACUCGUGAUGAUGAGGAGAUACAAAAAGAAGAUGCACAUAGAACUUGUGGUGACUGGUGAAUGAGAAGCAAGACAUAUUUCCAGAUGCGGCCAAUACGUAGUGAUUGAUGUCAUUUGAACUGCUCCGAUGUUCGACCUCAUCUUCGAAGAAAUUCCUCCUGCGCAAUCCUCAAAGUCACCACUGCGUUGCGACAACUGGUGCCCAUUUCCCUGGCCUGCUCGGCCCCACGGCAAGGCUCAAGGUAUGACCGAGCAAGAUGUAGUCCUCGGCGACCCUUCGAGACCGGGCU